AUGGGCUACCAUCCCAUCCACGUCAAGGCAUCCGGAGUGCCCCUAUCCCAGGCGCAUGUCACUCCAGGGCCCGAGUCACAGAAUUUAUCGCACACUGGUAGACGUGGUGGUAAUGACGGCGACGAGGGCGAGGAUGUUGGAAAAUUUCAUGGUAGUAGUGGGCGGUUGGCUGGAUUGAGAGUCGAGUAUACACCCUUUGAACUGGCUGUAGUACUAUGGAUUCAGAUCGCUUAUUAUAUCGACAGUCCCAGCAUGUAG